UUACGAAAAAAGACCUACAACAAAAAAUCACACGACUCGCACGCACGAGCGAGUGCCCUCCAGAGUGCGCUCGAGCGAGGCCUCCAGAUCGCUUCGCCGCCGCCCUCGCACUCCCAUCAGGCGACUCGCAAUCCAGUCCUUCGUUACAACCCUCGCGCUCGCAUCAAGGAUCGAGGCCUCCAAUGGCCGCCGCCGAUCCCUUCGACGGCGCCGAACCACUUGAGGAGCCGCCGCCGAUCCCCUUGAGGAGCCGUUCACCGAUCCCCUUCAGGAGCUGGCGCUGAUCCACGCCGCUGCCACCUAUGCAGAACCCCAGGGCAGGGCGCUAGGAACCACCGACAAGAGCAUACUCGCCCUCGUGGCCAGGGUCUCCGCGGUCGGCAUCGGCGUCGGCGUCGUCUACGGCUCCAUCAGGCUCGACAUCCUCAAGGCUUGCUCAGAGGAUAGUGCAAGGAGAUGUCCCACAAGCACUGACAAAUUGUCGACUAAUUACCAAUUGACAUGGGUGCUUUGAUUGCCGGUGCAAAAUAUCGAGGAGAAUUUGAGGAUAGGCUUAAAGAAGACGCAGAUUCUGAUGGACAGCUUGUCAGAGAUGGCAAAGCUGUUCUAUGCAGGGUACGCCUCUGAGCUAGCCGAUGCGUACUGUAUCCAGUGUUCUGUUGCAUCCGGUGCGACCUCAAAGAAUACCUUCUUCUACCUGGGCGUUGAGCGCCUCAGGGACGACGAGGUGCAGCGCCUGGGGCGGAAGCAGUUCAACUACACGAUGAUGAAUUUUUGCAGAGAAGUUCAGUUGCUUUGCGUAUGGAUUUACCAACAGUUCUUUUGUGCAGUUGACACAAUGGGCCAUAUGAUUCUUGGCAGGGAAGAAGCUAUUUGGGCUGAAUCAGACGAGGUGCUGGAGCAGAUUGGGAAGGGCUCCUUUGGCUCUGCGCUCCUAGUGAGGCACAAGGUUGAGAGGAAGAGGUAUGUCUUGAAGAAGAUCCGGCUCGCCUGUCAGACCGUCAGGUGCCGGCGAUCUGCGCACCAAGAGAUGGAGCUCAUCGUCGCAAAAGUAAGGAGCCCUUACAUCGUGGAAUACAAAGAUUCUUGGGUGGAGAAGGUGGGGUGCUAUGUGUGCAUCAUGAUUGGUUACUGCGGGGGAGGGGACAUGCUAGAGGCCAUUAAGAAGGCUAACGGCAACCAUUUCUCGGAGGAGAAACUCUGUGUGUGGCUUGUGCAGCUCCUGAUGGCGCUUGAUUACUUGCAUGCCAAUCAUAUCCUUCAUCGAGAUGUCAAGUGUUCAAAUAUAUUUCUUCCAAAGGACCAAAAUAUACGGAUCGGCGAUUUUGGGCUGGCUAAAGUGUUUACUUCUGAUGAUUUAGCUUUGUCGGUUGUAGGAACUCCCAGUUACAUGUGCCCUGAACUUCUUCCUGACAUUCCAUAUGGCUCCAAGUCCGACGUAUGGUCGUUAGGAUGCUGCAUCUAUGAGAUGACUGCGCUGAAGCAUGCAUUCAAAGCAUUUGAUAUGCAGACACUGAUAAACAAGAUUAACAAGUCUGUUGUCGCCCCUCUACCGACUAUAUAUUCUGGCGCAUUGUAA